UUAUGAAUCCUUGACGUCACUUCCUUAAUUUCCAGAACGAGAUGCGAAUGAAAAUAUUAUAAUAUGUGAAAUUCUCGGGAGAAAUCAACCCAAAUUUCUCAUGUUAGCAGUUACCGGUAUAAGACUGUUGAAGUUGUUUGGUGCAGAAAAGCACAGUUGAUUGAAUCGGCCAAGCUGCAAUCAUUUGUUUCUCUUACUCAGCUUGUUGAUGGCCUUCGUAGAUAACGUCUCUAUUGUCAAAUUUCCCAGUGAAAGCUAAGGAUGGAGGAAUUUUGCGAAAAAGAACCACCUACAUCAACUCGAACGUCCAAUCCACAUUGUGAUAGGUUGGACUUUGAAAAUGAUGAUGGUGGGAGUAAUGCUGCAGAUCAGUCUUUUGAGCUCAGUGAUGCUCAAGACUCGGACUCGGAAGGAGAUCUGGAGGAAGGCGAGAUUCAGUCAGAGGCAGAUACAAACGAGGAGGACUCAAAAUUUCUCUGUGGGGUCAAAGGUAGUUCAGAUAGUGAUAUCAAUAAGAAACCUCAUAUACCAAACUUUAACAUAGUCAAAUAUAAACAGUCUGAUGAAAAUGACAGUCCCGCAAGUAGUAGCAUGUUGGACUCGAGUACAGACCAGUUUAAAACUGAGUCCUCUGAUAUGGCCCCUGAUAAUUAUAUCAAGAGUGAUAUGGAGUCGAGCGAUGGGGAAAUCUAUUCAGCGAGUGAGGAUAACCAGAUUUCAGAAGACAGGGAACAGUCAGUUGAUUUGUAUGACAUUGUGUUUGAUUUCAAGUCAGAGAAAGAUCAGAGUACUGCUGAUUCCUUAGAUGAUACUCUUACAGAGGAUGUUAGUGAGAGUGUGGGUAAAAAAAGAAAACACACAGACAUAGAAAACGAUCAUAGCAAAAGUCAAAACAAUGAAGGGGGCCCUGUUGCCAAAAAAUCAAAAGGAGACCAGGCAACAGUGGGGGGUAGCAGCUCAGAUGGUGGAAAUCUCCAGGAGAAUGGCUUGACACAUGAGUUUGAUGUUAUUGAUGAAACCAAUGAGGAGGGAGGUGACAAUUAUGAACAGGAUGUUGGGGAUUAUGAUAGUGAUGAAGAUGACUUGGAUGACAAUGAAAUUUAUGCAUGGUUAGAGGAGGGUGUCAAUAAAAAGUCAGUCAAGCUUGAUGAUGAAGACGAGGGACCAUCUCAAAGGGAGAAACUUGUACUACAAGAAAAGGGAAGUGACCCCUUUGACAUGCUGCCCGAAGGCUGGGUGUUGGUCACACAUAACAGUGGUAUGCCGGUGUAUCUUCACAAGCAAUCCAGGGUUGUCACAUUUUCCAAACCAUACUUUAUAGGUCCAGGCAGUGUUAGGAAACACAACAUUCCUGUGAGUGCCAUUCCAUGUCUGUACUACAGAAGGGAGAAAGACAGAGAAGCCAAGGAGAAAGCAGAGAAAGAAGCUGCUGGCGCUAAUUCCACUGGUCAUAAUGGAGAUAACACCAAUGCAGAAAGUACAACAGAAAAUCAAUCUAAUAAAAAGUCGAGUGAUCCCUCCCAGCCUACAUUAGCCAGUCUACCUGUAAAGAUAGAGUAUGCUGAGGAAAGAGAGAAAGAAAACUCGCUAGAACCUGAAGAGUUGAGAAAAUACUGUGAAUCUCUGUUUGAGUUUAGGAAAAUUACAGUCAACAAAUUCAAAACCUGGAAAGAUAGAAGAAGACACCUGAACAAUGUUAAAAAACAGUCCCGACCUGCUCUGCCGUCCAACACCAAACUCAUUACCUGUAAAGUCCCCACUGACAAGGGAGAUCAUAAACCAAGAAAGAAAGAAUUUGUUCUGAACCCCACAGGGAAAUCCUAUGUGUGUAUCCUGCAUGAAUAUGCACAACACACACUACGAGUACAGCCCCGCUAUGUUUUCAAAGAACUUGAAAAUGCUCAAAAUCCUUACAGUGCUACUAUUAUCAUCAAUGAAAUAGAAUAUGGCACUGGCUUUGCAGGAAGUAAGCGAGCUGCCAAAAUGGAGGCAGCCAAAGCAACACUGAGCAUACUUAUUCCAGAAAUGUCCAAGUUGAUUGAGAAACAAGUUGAAGAGGAAGAGGAUCUCUCGUUUUUCGAUGAUAUUAAGAUUGAGGACCCAAGAGUUUAUGAGUUGUGCAAUAAAUCUGGUCAACCUAGUCCAUUUCAGAUAUUAUUAGAGUGUCUCAAAAGGAAUUAUGGCUUGGGGGACACUCAGUGUAAAAUAGAUGUUAAAACCUUAAAACAUCAAAAGAGUGAAUACACGCUUUCUGUUGGAAAACAUUCUGUUACUGUGGUGUGUAAAAACAAGCGGGAGGGCAAACAGAGUGCUGCUCAGGCCAUGCUGAAGCAACUUCAUCCACAUAUCUACAGUCUCGGUGCUUUGUUACGGUUGUAUGGAAGAUCUUCCUGGAAGAGUGUCAAAGAGAAAAAGAAAGAAGAGCAUGCAAUUACUGGAUUGCAGUCCCAAGUUCGAUCAAAGAGGCCAAAUGAACCACUGCUACAGAAGUUAAAGGAGGAAAUGAUGAAAAUUCAAAUGCAAAGGGAGUCAGUGAAAACUAAGGGAAAGUUCCGUGUGGACACGAAGGCUCUGUCUGGUCCAGUGACGUGUAUAGACCUGUAGAAUCUCCCUCAGUUCUCAGCUGUUGGACAAACAAACCUGCAGAGCAGGUCGUAACUACCAUGUACUCAGUGUUCUUGUAUUGAAACAUGUGGACCUGGACCAUGAUCAUAUUUGGAAUUCAUCUUUAUUUUAAAAUUUGAGAAAUGUAUUUGUGCUGGUGCAUGUAAUUUAUUCAAACUUUGCAUUCGGUAUAUAUUGAUUUAUUUGAUUUAACAGUUUAUGAAUUAUAUUGAAACAUUUGAAGUUAUUAAGUAUAUACACUAUAUUAAUGAACUAUAAAUGCAAAUAAUUUCAUCAAUUUGCAAGCUUGAUUUUCAAAAAGAGUGAUUAUUUUGGGGGUCUAUAUACAAAUAGCAAUGUGUGUCUAUAGGUGUCUGUAUCUUGUGAAGUUAUUCUCUAAUGUUGUUUUGGAAUCAUUUACUGGUAUGCUAAGAUGAGAGUGUUUAUAUAUCUUUUAGAAUCCAAUGAUUUGCUGCUGUUGAACAAAAUUUUUUGAAAUGGAUAAAAAAAAUCUUGUUAUAAUUUCAACCAAUUUCAUACGUAAUUAAAUGUUAAAAUUUUAAUGGUUUGAUUGAUCAUGUACUUGUAUGGUGUUUGAAUGUAUACAACAGUUUUGUGAACACACAUAUUUAUUGUCCUCUUUGUGUGCAUCAUUCUACUGGUAAAUGUUUUUAUGCACUGGGUUUUAUAGCAAAAGGCGACAUUCUGUAGUAUGGAGAACAAUGUGUACAAUUGUCUUAAAUUUAAGAAUCUUAUGUUUGUGUGGAGCAAUGGUUCUGCUUGAAUGAUGACUGCAAGGAACAGUUACACGAGUGUAGGAUUUUGAAGAAUAUUUGUGUUUAAUAGGUAGGAAUACAUGUACAUGCAAAUCUUAACAGUGUGUAUGUGUGUUAUGUAUGUGGAGGCAGGUGAAACACAUAGUUGACCAUCAGAAUUUGUUAAUCCACGACUUUAACCAGGCAUUCCAUGUAGAACCUACAGCAUACACUGUCCAAUAAGUCAAGAAUUUCCAUGUAGAACCUACAGCAUACACUGUCCAAUAAGUCAAGAAUUUCCACUGUAUAGUAUUGAUACUGCCAUAUACUGGCUGAUUUCUGUGUGUAUUGUUUGUCUGCUCAAAAGUCUGAUCCAAUGAUUUGAAAUAAAAUGAUAUUUAUCUAUUU